AUGUAUCCUAUAUCGAAUGCUGGUAGCAUGUCCUCGCGUCGCAAACCCUAUGUCAACAUCUGUACAAUUGGCCAUAAUGGCCAUGGCAAGACAACACUGACGGCUGCUAUCACUAGGACGUUGGCCGCUAAGUUCAGCUCGACGACCAUGAUGCCCUACGAGAAGAUUGAACACGCACCCGAGAAGAAAGUCUAUGGUACCACCAUCCGGGCCGCCCACGUCGAGUAUGAGACCGAGACUCGCUGCUAUAGUCACGUCGACUGCCCUGGUCACACUGAUUACAUCAAGAACAUGCUCAGCAGCGCGGUGCAGAUGGACGGCGCGAUCCUGGUCGUGUCAGCGAUAGACGGCCCGAUGCCGCAGACUCGCGAGCAGAUUCGACUGGCACGACAAGCGGGCGUGCCGAAAAUCGUUGUCUUUCUGAACAAGUGUGACCUUGUUGACGACGAGGAACAGCUUAAGCUUGUGGAAAUGAAAGUGCGUGAGCUGCUGCACGAAUACGACUUCUUAGGCAACAACGUGCCGAUCAUCAAGGGUUCGGCGCGGAAGGCACUGGAUGGAGUCGGCGGGGAGCUAGGCGACCGCGCGAUCGUAGCCCUAGGCGAGGCGUUGGACGCGUACAUCCCAGCGCCAGUGCAAGUGGUGUCUCGCCCGUUCCUGAUGGCGGUGGAUGAAACAUCCUAUCUGCCUCGUUGUGGCACCCAGGUUGGUGGCAUGGUGGCAAUAGGGCGUGUGGAGCGCGGCAUGAUCAAGGUCGGCGACCAAGUCGAGGUUGUGGGCUUCGGAAUGACAUCUUCGACAAUUUGUACGGGUGUUCAGACGUUCAAGAAGCAGUUGGACAUGGCCCAUGCAGGGGAAAACGUGGGUAUACUGCUACGCGGCCUCAAGCGUGAGGACGUGAGGCGUGGUUGUGUGCUGGCUAAGCCAGGCACGGUCAUGGUAAAUGCGGAUUUCACAGCAGAAGUCUACGUGCUGGAUAUUGAUGAGGGUGGUCAUACCAAACCGUUGCCUAACCACAACCAGCUACAUUUCUACUUCCAUGGGAUAGAGAUGAAAGGUUCUAUCUCGUAUCUAGAGAAGGGGAGGGAAACGGCAAAGCCGGGCGAUAACCUAUCGGUCACGGUCAAGUUGAUUACGCCGAUCGUAAUGGAAAAGGGCCUGCAUUUCGCGAUCUAUGAGAAUGGUAGGACCCUCGGCUUCGGCGUCGUUGCGUCUAUCCUCGAUAUAUAG